CAUGGCUCGUACAAAGCAGACAGCUCGCAAAUCUACUGGUGGUAAGGCUCCCCGCAAACAGCUCGCUACUAAAGCAGCUCGGAAGAGCGCUCCUGCUACGGGCGGUGUGAAGAAGCCUCACCGUUACAGACCCGGCACCGUGGCGCUGAGAGAGAUCCGGCGCUACCAAAAGUCUACCGAGCUGCUGAUCCGCAAGCUGCCUUUCCAGCGCCUGGUCCGCGAGAUCGCCCAGGACUUCAAGACCGAUCUGCGCUUCCAGAGCUCGGCUGUGAUGGCUCUGCAGGAAGCUAGUGAAGCUUAUCUCGUAGGGCUGUUUGAGGACACAAACCUGUGUGCCAUCCACGCUAAGAGGGUGACCAUUAUGCCCAAGGACAUCCAGCUGGCUCGCCGCAUUCGUGGGGAGAGAUUCCUCAGGAAGUCUUUAGUAUUUGCAGAUGGCAAGCAGCAGCUAGCUGACUUCAGUCUUCCGGUUCUAAGGCAGUACUUCCUCUUGAAAACUUUGAACAUGUCCGGCCGUGGAAAGCAGGGAGGCAAAGCACGGGCCAAGGCUAAGACGCGAUCGUCUCGAGCUGGCUUGCAGUUCCCCGUAGGUCGGGUGCAUCGUCUUCUUCGCAAGGGAAAUUACUCUGAGCGAGUAGGCGCUGGAGCUCCGGUAUAUUUGGCUGCGGUUUUAGAGUAUCUUACUGCGGAAAUCUUGGAACUGGCUGGUAAUGCUGCUCGUGACAACAAAAAGACUCGCAUCAUUCCCCGUCAUCUUCAGCUAGCUAUCCGUAACGACGAAGAACUUAACAAGCUGUUGGGCAAAGUCACCAUUGCCCAGGGUGGAGUCCUGCCCAACAUCCAGGCUGUGUUGCUGCCUAAAAAGACUGAAAGUCACCACAAACCUAAGGGCAAGAUUGCACGUUUUCUGAACGGGUAUAGUAGGCCUCAGUUGGAAGAAAGGCUCUCAAGACCCUGGGACAGAAGCAAAUGCAGUGGAGAGGAGAGUACAAGAUGGCUUCAGUCCAAUCAGUACAAGCCUGCCUCUAUAAAAGACGGCUUCGGGAGCCAACCUUUUACCAGAAAGUGUUGUUACCAUUUUCUUAGAGUCAUGGCUCGUACCAAACAAACUGCGCGGAAGUCUACUGGCGGUAAGGCUCCCCGCAAACAACUCGCUACCAAGGCUGCCCGUAAGAGUGCUCCUGCUACCGGUGGUGUGAAAAAGCCUCACCGAUAUAGACCUGGUACCGUGGCUCUUCGUGAAAUCCGCCGCUACCAGAAGUCUACUGAGCUGUUGAUUCGAAAGCUGCCUUUUCAGCGGCUAGUGCGGGAGAUCGCCCAGGACUUCAAGACCGAUCUGCGCUUCCAGAGCUCGGCGGUGAUGGCCUUACAGGAGGCGAGCGAGGCUUACCUUGUGGGGCUAUUUGAAGACACCAAUUUGUGUGCCAUCCAUGCUAAGCGAGUAACCAUCAUGCCCAAAGAUAUCCAGCUGGCUCGCCGCAUCCGUGGAGAGAGGGCCUAAGGCCAUACCUUCAUUGGAUUCGCCAAAACAAAAGGCUCUUUUCAGAGCCACUUGCAUUUUCGCCUUAAGUAGCUGUAAUUCAAAAGUGAGCUUCGGUUUUCCUUUUGGGCAAUACAGCAAAAUAACGUUUUUAAGGGUGCUGUGAAUGAAACCCUUAAUUGCGUAACACGUUUAACAACUUAAUUUCAAUGCAAUGUGGGAAGGAAUUGAAAUGUCAGGCGGCUAAAUUGAGUGAGUGGGAAAAUAAGUUCCAAAAUUAAGAAGCAGAGGAUUUUAGAGAUAUUUACGUGGGGUAGGUUUUACUGAUUUUAGAUUCGCCUAUCGUUUUAAGUCUAGCUAGAGAAAGUGCAGCCACUAGCAGGCAGGAUUUAUUCUGGUUAAUCCUAUUUGAUAAUCAGAUUAGUAGAAUAAAAUGUCAGAUUCAACCCGUACAUUUCUGACCUCCGGAAUUUCCCUUCCCGGUGAAACAUUUCAAAUCUAAUAAAAGUCUCGGGCAAUCUGG